AUGGCCUCAGAUACCUCUGCAUCAGGGCCUCCAACACCGACGGUCUCUGCUGAAAAGCCUUCCGCUCCCCCUGUCAAUAUUCUCUCCUCGCCGGUUGCGCGCAUUUACUCCGUUGUGCACCCAGCACUCCUCCUUACACUAUGUGCUACGCGAUUUGAAGGAUUGGUGGAGAAUCCUACCAAGGAGCUCCUAAAAACGUUGCCAUGGCUCACUGCCAUUCAAAUUUCAUACGCGGUGAUCUGUCUCCCGCCCGCCGGGUCGACCUCGUCAACAGAGUCGAGCGUGUCCGCUCCGGCCGACGGCAAGACCAGCCCUCGGUCAACAUCUGGACCAAGUGGUGGUCGCCAUGGAAAGGCUAGCAAGCGCAAGUACACCAACAGCUGGACGUGUAUUUGGUCCCGGUUAUUGCCGGCCACGCUCUCGCUCGCCCUGACCUUCCUCCUGGCCACUCCAGUUCUUGCCCUCGUACUCGUUCUUUUCGGCGCCCCGCUCACAACACACAAUGCCGAGACCGUCCUAUGUGCAGCACACAUGGCCGUUCUAAGUGCUACAUCCCUGAUCUACGCCCACGGUACAGACCGUGGAGUGUGGAACGAGGUCUGGGGUAUUGCUCGUCCAGCCGACGCAGUUUGGGGUGGUGCACUUGGCUCUGGCCUUGGAGCGUGGUUUGGCGCCAUCCCUAUCCCUCUUGACUGGGACCGGCCAUGGCAGGCAUUCCCCAUCACAAUCCUCGUCGGAGCUUAUAUUGGAUACGCACUUGGCUCCCUUGUAUCUCGCACUCCCUUGCUCUAUGGCAAGCGGGUUCAAUUUACAGCAGAGGAGCUUGGUAACAAAGAAAAGAAGACCAACUAA